AUGCUAACGCUGCGUGUGACAGUUUAAUCAAAUCCAUUUGUUACCAGGAAGCUAAAAAGGGCCGCUGGGAUUUUAGGAUCGCGCGGGCAGAGUUAGGGAAGCAUGUGGCUUUGUCAUUCGCCAUCAUUCUGCACACUGCCACCCCGCGAGGGGCUCCGUUUGCUCGCCCUGCCUAACCGCCCUCAUCCCUUCCCCCACCCCUGCCUCCACCCGACCCGCUCGCGCCCAAAGUGGCUCUACCAUAGUCUGUCCUCGGCGGUGCGGGCUGCGCCCCAGGGCCACGCUAGAGCCGAACGGAGGAGAUUCCCUUCGACUUCUGCCUCCGGGCUCGGUGCUCAAUGCGAAGCAGCUGCGACUCAGAUACGCCUAAGACAACUCAUGCAGAAAAGGGAGAAAAGUUUUGGUAUACAAAUGCUCUCAGUCCAGCCAGACACCAAGCCGAAAGGUUGUGCUGGCUGCAACCGAAAGAUCAAGGACCGGUAUCUUCUAAAGGCACUGGACAAAUAUUGGCAUGAAGACUGCCUGAAGUGUGCCUGCUGUGACUGUCGUUUGGGAGAGGUGGGCUCCACCCUGUACACUAAAGCUAAUCUUAUCCUUUGUCGCAGAGACUAUCUGAGGCUGUUCGGUGUAACAGGAAACUGUGCUGCCUGUAGUAAGCUCAUCCCUGCCUUCGAGAUGGUGAUGAGAGCCAAGGACAAUGUCUACCACCUGGACUGUUUCGCCUGUCAGCUUUGUAAUCAGAGAUUCUGUGUUGGAGACAAAUUUUUCCUAAAGAAUAACAUGAUCCUUUGCCAGACAGACUACGAGGAAGGCUUAAUGAAAGAAGGUUACGCACCCCAGGUUCGCUGAUCUAUCGACACCACCCCAUAAGAAUACAAAGCACUACAUUCUUUUAUCUUUUUUGCUCCACAUGUAUAUAAGAACCGACACCGGAACCUACUAAAUAGCGUAGAUAUAGGGAAACAGGAUGGUUAUAUGGAAUAAAAGGCGGACUGCAUCUGUAUGUAGUGAAAUUGCCCCAGUUCAGAGUUGAAUGUUUAUUAUUAAAGAAAAGAAGUAAUGUACAUAUUGCUGGAUUUUUUUGCUUGCUAUUCGUUUUUGUGUCACUUGGCAUGAGAUGUUUAUUUUGGACUAUUGUAUAUAAUGUAUUGUAAUAUUUGAAGCACAAAUGUAAUACAGUUUUAUUGUGUUACCAUUUGUGUUCUGUUUGCUUCUUUGUAUUGUUGCAUUUAGUACAAUCAGUGUUUAAACUUACUAUAUAUUUAUGCUUUCUGUAUCUACCAGCUAUUUUAAAUGAGCUGUAACUUUCUAGGGAAGAAUUGAAGAGCAAAUCUCACUAAUGAUACACAGAUAGAUAAAGCAAGUCUAUCAGCAUUUUAAAAUACUAAAAAAUAAAGACACACAAAGCAUUUUAAUGACAUCCACUACUUAUUGCCAUUAUGAUUUAGGGUCUAUCAGUGUCCUCAUUAUAGCCCCCUAUUUUCAGGGGGUUAAAAAAUUAGCUUUAAAAAAUACAUAAAAAUUCAUCUUAAAGCACUUUUAUUUUAUACCAACUUGUGAAAAGUGCCAUUUUUAGAAUAUCUCUAAAGCUUAACAGUUAUCCUCCUAGUAUCAUGUGUGUGCUGUUUCCCUAUUGAGCUUUAGUUUGUUUUUUCAGCUAUACCACCUAUGUGAACUAGUGCCUUUGGGUAUCACGUAAAAAUUUUCCAAAGGGUUACUUUAAAAAGUAUUACCACAACUAUGAGACAAUUUCAAAAUGACAAGUUAAAUUUCUUGCAUAAAUGUUGCCUGGAUCUUCCGUCAGGAGCUAAGGUUUUCAUGACUUUAUUGCUUAAUGAAUUUAUGGCACUGAAAAGAUCCAAGUGUGAAACUCGUAAAGUUAUAACAAUACACAUUGAAGCUGUGAUGUUACCUGAGCAGGGGGGUAACCACAACACAAUGCUUGUAGAAUCUUCUAGAAGAGAAGCCAAGGGAUUGAUGAAAAGCUGAGAAUUGAUGAUUAUUUAUUUUUCUGUACUUACUUCCCAUUUAUUUUAAUGUUCCAAAAUGGACACUUGGAGUUUGAUAUGUUGUCCCUGCUCGUAGCUUUAAGUAAUUACCAAUUCGGAAUAUAUUAUCCUUAGGCUGAAAUGCUGUCAUUCCAUUCUUCGAAGGUGAAAUAUUAUCCCCUUACCUAAAUGAUAGCUGAUAAGGAAGAAAGCUCUAGAAACAGAAAUUAUGAAAGAUGAUUAUUUAAGUAACAAGGAAAUUAAAAAUAAGAAUACGAUCACCUCUUCCAGUGGCUCACACUUGGCUACUGCUCCUUGGGGUGGAACUCAGCAAACUUAACCCCAAAUGGUCACAAUGGAUCGUAUUUUUCUACAGCAAACACGGCGCUGUGGGUUUUUCUUUUCUUUCUUUCUUUUAUUCAUCAUUAAGAAAACAUUAUUUCUCACUGUUAUUUGCGUACUUACUUUUCCUGCCAAUGUAUGCAUUACACAGGAAAAUUUAAUGUUGCUACUAAAGUCUUGGUUUGGGGGCAAAAUGUAAAACUGGAAAUAAUGCUGGUGUAAAUUUGAGUUGUUUUUAAAGCAAAGCUUUAUGAUGAACAUGCAUGUGAAUCUUAUUUUUAAGAAAAUGGUUCUGUGAGAAGUGAAUGAUAGGUAUUUUUACAAAUGCUUCCUGGUUAAGAGUGUUGAAGUCACAUGUCUCCAAAAUUUGAGAUAUAUUGAAGAAAGAAUUUUAAAGCUAGCCAUUUGGGCCCAUGAAGUAAUUAUUAUUUUACCCUUAGAGCCUUACAUUUGUUUCAUGAAGAGAUACACCUUGCAUAGUCAAAAACAAAAAUCAAGGGGACAAAAAAGAAAAAAACCCAAGAAGUGAUUUCUUAUAGCAUUCCCCGUCAGUCCACACUAACAUUCAUGGGAAUGGAAACUUUCUCAGUAUCUUUUUUCAAAUGACCUUUUUAAAGUUUAAAUGGCUUUAUGCAUAUUUGUCAAUGUGUGAAAAAAAAAACUUGUAAAUUAAGAAGAAAAUUCUCUCAGCUUCUUGAAGCUGCUCAACUAUCCUUUGCCACUUCAAGACUGAACAAGAUUUUCACAAUUACUUCUUUUGUUUAAUCCUUUGGGGAUUCAUUUUAAUACUUUUAUUCCCAACAAAAUUAUUCACCUGGAUUAAAGAUUAAGCCUUAAUCUGUUUAAUCUCCAUGGAAUUGUGAAACAAGACAAGAGUAGCUUUUCAGCUGUAGGAUAUUUUACAGCUAAUUGCUCAUAAAUAGUAGCAUUUUGACCUGAAGUACUAAGCUAAUUGUCUUGACUACUCAAAGCCCCUCAACUGUUGUUAACUUUCCCCUUUGUGUUGUGUGUAGCCCUGAUGUCACUGAGCUUGUCCUCCUGUGCUCCAGAAGGAAGCGAAGGAGCUCAGAUUUCCAGAUUUCUCAAGCAGAGAAAGCCCUUCCUUCCCUUGCUUUUCCUACAGGCUGCUUGUGAUGAAGGACCAGGUAUCCAGUGCACCAUCGUGCUGAGUCUAAAAGCUGACCUGUGUUUGUGAUUUCACUUUCAUCUUGCUUAAUAAAUAUCUGCUGGCUUCUUUCAUUCACUUUUCAAUAUUUGGAUUUAUGUUUUUCAUGAAAGGGCCAUUCUGCUACUUGAUUGCACUCAAUUGGCAAAAUGGAAAAUGAGGUCUAGAAAGUCUUCAUGAAGCUUAUAAAAACAGGAAAGAAAGUCUAAGAGCAUGGGCUUUCCAGAGGUGAAUCCUAACAAGCACAUAGAAAAGGCACCUUUCUCCAAAUACUGUAGUUUGUUUUGGAUAUCUGAGAUAGGUGGCACAUUUCCUUCUGUGGAAAGGAUGAAACUGUCACCAAGGAUCAUAGUAUCAUUUUUGCAUGUUCAUACGAAUUUUCAGUGAUCUUUCUGAAAGCAACUGAGUUGAUGUCAUCAGGCUAAAUUUGAAAUUUCCUAUUUCCUGUAUAAUGAAUGAAAACAAAAAACUUAAUCCCAUAUUUUCAAGAGAGACAUGGUGUGGCUGAAUUGAAACAGGGUGGUGAAAAUUAUGUCUGCAGCAAAAUAUACACAAGUGGUUUCAUUUUAACUAUCACUUUAGGCAAACCACUCUCGGAAUAGUCACUUAAACAAUUUCAUAGAAAUGAUAUAGGCCAACCAUGUUUAGUGUUCACUUCAGUAAGUUGGAAAAACAAUCUGCAUGUUUAUUGUAAUAGGCCAUUAGCACAGAAUGCAAUUUUAAUAAAAGCCUCUCAAUCAUUACUUUUUCUUAAAAACAUCAUUACAGAUGUUUCUUUGUUAAAUGUGAUUUUAAUACACUCCGGCAAAAUAGAAGGCAAAGGACUGAUACAGCCAUUAUUUCAGUUGACAUUUAUUGAGCUCCUACUAUGUGAUAGGAUGUUCCCUGAACGCAGACACCUACAGACAGAAGUAGGGUGCUUCAUACAUCCAGGGACUGUAGUGUGUUUUUGCUUCGCUUUUGAGUCAUCACAACCGCGCUAAUAAAGAGUACACAAAUGUAAGUACCAUCUUCUACCUCUUCAGCACGUCAUCGGUAUGGAAGCCCUAGAAAAUAUCUCCAGUCAUCAGUGUGUUCAGAGAAUUAUCUCACACAAAUCACUCAUUAACUCAAUAGCACAUAAUAAAAAGAACAUCAAUUAAUUAAUGAGUCACCCUCAGAUCGCUGUGAUUACAAUAGGGCUCUGUUGAAACAGCAGUUAUAAAUGAAGCUGCCUCUCUUUGUUCAUUGUUUGCAAUUGGCCCAAUAUUUGCCUGGAACCAGUGUCAUAUUUAACACAUGCCUGUAGGUAAUUGUGUGAUUAGUAUCAUAAAUAAAGAAUUUUGAAAAUCUACUGCUUAUAAGACCUCAGGGGGGAAAAAACACCUCAGUUUUACUCUAGCUUCCUUUGAAGACAGGCUAUUAGAAGGGUGUUAUCUUUCUAAAAGGUAUAGUUCUACAUUUAUAAUAAAAAUGUAAAACUGGCAUAUUGAGCACUAGAAGAAUUAGCUGCCAAAAUACCUACAGGUAAAUUUUACAAUACUUGUGUACACAUAUGAUUUAAUUUCAGUAAUGUUGUGAAGAAUAAAAUAUGUACGAUCAGA